UUGAGCCCUUUAUGUCUGGCUAAUGUGAAAUAACUCAAAUCACUAGUUUUUUAAUGGCUUCCUCUUCCUCUGCCUCUUCUUCUUCUUCUUCUUCCACUACUCCUAAAGCAAAAUACAAAGUCUUUAUUAGUUUCCGAGGUGAGGACACCCGGAGCAGCUUUACCAGUCAUCUGUAUGAAGAAUUGUGCAAGGAAAAUAUUGCUACUUUUAUUGAUGAUAAACUUAUCAAAGGAGAUCGAAUUCCUUCAUCUCUUUCAUAUGCAAUCAAACAAUCGAAGAUCGCUGUUGUCAUUUUCUCUGAGCAGUAUGCUUCUUCCAGAUGGUGUCUCCAAGAACUCGAAAGGAUUCUCGAAUGCAAUGAAAAGUAUGGUCAGAUUCUAAUCCCGGUGUUCUAUAGAAUAGAUCCAACGGAUGUAAGGAAUCAAACGGGCUCUUUUGGAGAAGGAUUUUCUGAGCUUGAAGAGCGAUUUAAGGAUGAUCAUGGGAAGUUGCAGAGAUGGAGGACUGCGUUGACGGCUGCAGCCAACACAUCUGGCUUUGAUUCAAAUAUCUAUAGGCUUGAAUCAUCACUUGUAAAAGCUAUUGUCAAAAAUAUUUUGGAGAGAUUGAAUGAUGAGUACUUAGAAAUUGACAACAGGGACUUAGUUGGACUUGAUUCAAGAAUUGAACAUAUUGAAAAUUUAUUUCUUAAAGAUGGUGUUCGCAAACUAGGAAUUUGGGGCAUUGGAGGUAUCGGCAAGACAACUCUUGCAGGUGCUGUAUUCAGAAAAAUCUGCAAACAGUUUGAAACAAAAUGCUUCAUUCGAAAUAUCAGAGAAGAAUCAGAGAAAAGUGGGGGAUUAAAUGACUUGCGCCAUAGAGUUAGUUCUAAAGUUUUCGGAGAAAAACAUUCCAAUAUUGGAUUCACCUUGGAAAGAAAAAGGCUUGGCCGCGCUCUUAUUGUGUUUGAUGAUGUUACAAAAUUAGAACAAAUGGAAUGUUUAAUGGAACAUUUCGACUACUUGGAUUCUGAAAGUCUUAUAAUCAUAACUGCAAGGGAUGAACAAGUACUGAAAAAAUGUGGGGUGGAUCCUGCAAACAUAUUCAAGAUGGAUGGAUUGUCUGGUGAUGAAGCUUCUGAACUUUUUAACCAGUAUGCAUUUGGAGAUGACAGUCCAACAGAAGAUUUUAUUCAGCUAUCAUCCUGGGUAGUUGCAUAUGCCAAAGGUCUUCCCCUAGCUCUCAAAAUUUUGGGUUCCUUUUUGUUUAAGAGGACAAAACAAGAUUGGGAAAGUGCUUUAGAAAAUCUGAAAAAAUGCCCCCACAUGGAUAUAUGUAAUGUAUUAAAAGUAAGUUAUGAGGGGUUAGAUCAUACACAAAAGCAAGUGUUUUUAGAUAUUGCAUGUUUCUUUAAAGGAUGUGAAAGAGAUCUUAUAGAACAACUCUUCGAUGCCUGUGGCUUCACUUCACAUAAUUGUAUAAAUGUUCUCAUUGAAAGGUCCCUCAUAACUCUCUCAGCCAACAUCAUAACCAUGCAUGAUUUACUUCAAGAAAUGGGUAAACAGAUUGUGCGUGAAGAAUCAGGAAAUAAUUUUGGCGAACGUAGCAGAUUAUGGGAUCCUGAGGAAAUCUACUCAGUAUUGAAAAAUAAUACGGGGAAAGGAACAGUUCGAAGCAUAAGCUUGGAUAUGUCUAGAGUAAAAGAGAUUCAUUUGCAAUCUAAAGCUUUCAACAAGAUGCAUGAGCUAAGGUUCUUCGAAGCCUAUGGCUUCACGCGUCAUAGCAAGGUGUCUGGGUUUGAAGAACUUAAAGCUGAUUUCUCUGAGCUAAGGUACUUUUGUUGGUAUAGUUAUUCUGACGAGUCAUUGCCACAAGAUUUUAAUCCAGAGAACCUGGUUGGUCUCUACCUCACUCGGAGCAAUCUUAAACGACUUUGGCGUGGUGUCAAGAAGCUGAAGAAUUUGAAACAUAUUGACCUCACCAGCUCUGAGAAUCUGCAACAAAUGCCAAAUCUCUCCUUCUGUCCAAAUCUGGAGAGCUUGAUUCUACAAGGUUGUAAAAAUUUGUAUGACGAUUUCUCAUGGAUUCGUCAUCUCUAUAAGCUUGUCCUCUUGAAUCUACAAGAAUGUAAAGGCUUUGAAAGCCUUCCAAUCAACCCUCGUUGGAAAGUUCUUCGGAAACUUGUUCUCUCCCGGUGUUCAACUCUCAAGAUAGUUCCAUAUAUCCCUGAUACAGUGGAAGAGUUAUAUUUAGAUGGAACUGCAAUCGAAGAAUUGCCGUCGUUGAAGCAUCUUUCCAGCUUAAAAAUAUUAAAUCUUGAAAAAUGUUCAAAGCUAGAGCAUUUCCCAGACAGCAUUGGUGAGUUAGAAUUUCUUCGAAUACUUAUUCUCUCCAACUGUUCAAAGAUCAAAAGAGUUCCAUGCAUUCCCAAUAGAGUAGAAGAGUUAUAUUUAGAUGGAACUGAAAUUGAAGAAUUGCCGCCAUUGGAGCAUCUAUCUGCACUGGUAAAAUUGAGUCUAAAAAAAUGUUUAAGCCUGAAAAGUCUCCCAGAGAGUAUUUGUGAGGUUAAAUCUCUUCGAUGUCUUUAUCUUUCGGGUUCUUCAAAACUUGACAUACUGCCUACCGGACUGCAGAAUUUAAAAGCAUUGGAGGAACUUGAAUUUGAGGGAAUUGGUAUCACAGAUCUACCAUUAUUGACUUUAAAAUGUUUGAACAACCUCAAGAAAUUAUCUUUCACAAGAUUUGGGAUUCAGGAGCCACCAAGUUUCCUACUGGAACAAUUACCUGACUGCCACAGACUGGAGGAGUUAAAUUUGGAAGACUGUAGUAUAGAAGUGCUACCCAACAACCUUGGCGAAUUACGCUAUCUGAGAGUUUUAUAUCUUGGCCGAAACAAUAUUGAAAGUCUACCAGAGAGUAUCAAAGACCUCUCUAACUUGUAUGAGCUUAAUUUAAGCAAUUGCAAAAGGCUCAAAUCCUUGCCAAAACUUCCAGAUAAGUUACUAAUUACAGAAGCCAAGGGCUGCACAUCAGUGGAAGCAUUGUCCGGUUUACCAAAUCAUUGCCUAAGUAUGGUGGCCGACAAAGAGGAAAUUAACUUCAUCAAUUGUUGCAAUCUGAGAUUAGAUUUGACAGAUGUUCUGCCCAAUAUUGAGAGAAAUGCAGACGUAUGGUUUCGCUCUCAAGUGAACACAACAUGGCUGUCAAGGGAUGACCAGCCAAUGGCUUCUAUAUGUUAUCCUGGAAGUGAAAUUCCAGAUUGGUUUACCCUUAAAAGUGAGAAUGGUUACAUAGAGCUUCCAUCAGAUUGGCUCAAUGAUGACUUAAUUGGUUUCGCUUUUUGUGCUGUUGCAUCAUUUCAAGACUAUGAAGACCCUGAAGCUUUGCAAAUUCGCUGUUUUCUGGUUGUUGAUGAGCAAAUUGUUUCCACUGGCUGUUUGUUUAAUGAUUAUGGGCAAGAGGUUAUAGAUACAGAUGAUGUUACUGAAUUAGAUCAUGUAUUCUUAGGAUAUGAUUAUAAUAUCAUGGCCUUGGAAUUGCCUACUAUCAGUUCGGAUAACAAGGGCUACGUGGAGUUCUUUGUUGAGCAUGGAAGUAAGAAAAACGAAAAAAAGACAAAGUUGAAGAAGUGUGGAGUCAGAUUGUUAUAUGCCAAAGAUAAAACGGCUGCAAGAGUUGACAGAGACCAAAGAUUUCCAAUUAAAAAUGAUUGUUUCAGGUGCUAUCUCCAUUGCUGCGUAAAACAUGAUAGAAUGGAUGAAAAACUACCAUAUGAAAUUUUAGAUAGCUGGUCGCCAUAUUCAGAAAUAUACAAGCCACCAAUAAGAAGGGAUUAUGCAAUCUAUAUAGGGUGCAAAGUGAUUGCACACCUUAUGAUUGGGAAGCGCACGGAGCUAGACCUAACUGAAUUUUGGAGGUUAAAAUCUUCUUACAGAAAAGUGUUUGCGGAGUUGUUGGAAAUCGUGCGAACACGGUAAUGUUCCAGCUGGCAGCCUGGACCAUGGACACAUACUUUCCAAUGAGUGUCAUCUCAGGGUUUUCAGGAUUUUCUUCCCUGGCAUUGGAUUAUUUUGCUGGACUACUUUUUAAUUAAAUGUGUUAGAUGAACUUUACUGCUAUUUUAGUGUUGCUGCUGUUUGGUUUUCUGGACGAUGAAAUGAAGUUGAUUGCACUUUAAUAAUUAUUCAGCUGUCCUGUUUUGUUUGAAAACCCAGUUCAAAGUUUAUUGUGAAGAUAUUUUCAAUGUUUUUGCCUUCUGAGGCUGCUUUUAUUA